UUAAGUUCCUGAGCCUGUCAUUGAUUAAUAACUGUUUAUAACUUUUACGCUAAUGUGUUGCGAGAGGUCAGCUCAUGGAAGAAGCCAAACCAAAUUAUGUCCAAUUGUAUUACGUGUUUCCAACGAAAAACCUGAUUAUAUUUCUAACUCUGGAAAAUAUUUGGUUAGUCAGUAUUUCUCAUUUUUUAAUCGGCACCGUGGCAUUCUCAUACAUAUUUCACUUACAGGGGAGAGUCCGGGUGAAAUAUGUCAGUUUACAUUCAACACCGUGAAACAGACGCUUAAAAAGGGACAUGAACACAUCCCAAAGGUGCAGGAGCAAACACGUAGCCCGGACGGAGAACCAGUGUAGAUAUUUUUAUUUGCGGCUGGGAGAACAUACAAAGAAGGAACAAGCCCUCCGAUUCCACCCCUCCGCCCACCCCCGAGUCAGGUGCCCGAAUCGGCCUUGGUUGAAAUCGGAGAAGGGAGCAUUUUUCUACCUGGCAACUGACCAAAAAUUAAACGGGAAUACAAAGGGAACGCGGCAAGAUGGCUAAAAUGCAGGCGUGCUAUUACCAAGCGAGAUAAUCACAGACAAUUAGUAUGAUGAAGAAGCUCAGUAAACUUAGACAUUGCGCAGUCAAAUAUAACAUUACUUGAGUUGAUUGAGUAGGAAUGCUAUAUGCGAAUCAGCCGCGCUAUAUGCUGCCCAAGUUUUUCCUCCCUCACUGAGAGUGAUCCGGAAAAUGUGGACCGUGAGAAGCUGGGUUUCCUCACUGCUGGAUGCUCACCUCGUGCACACCACGCAGGCUUUUCUCACGCAAUACCUUCGCCAAUUGCAGCAGCCGCAUGAGACGGCCAGCAUUUACAAAGGAGUGGAUAAGAAUAAAAAUGAAGUUAUCCAAUUCACAGAUGUCUUCACGAAGAGUCGGUGCCAGCCGAGAGAAAUGCUUGUAGAUAUCUCCCAGGAGUAUCCAGAAGAUACAGAACACACCUACAUACCUUCCUGUGUAGUCCUCACUCGAUGUGGAGGGUGCUGCACUGAUGAAGCGAUGGAAUGCGUGCCAACUGAAACCCGCAAUGUUACACUGCAAGUAAUGCGGGUUAGAUCAAUGGUCACGCAACAUCAAAUUCUGUUGAGAUUCAUAGAGCAUCAAAAGUGUGACUGCAGAUUCAAACCUGAAGUUCAAGCAAAGAAACAAUACCACUGUGCGCCUUGUUCACAGAGAAGAAAGCGCUUGUUUGUGCAGGACCCUCUCACCUGUAAAUGCUCCUGCAAAUUCACACUAUUAGACUGCAAGUCCAGGCAGCUUGAAUUAAAUGAAAGAACUUGCAGAUGUGACAAACUGAGGAGAUGAGACAAGGAGGUAUAGGCUACACUGUUAUGAAGGAAUUCUUUUCGGCACAGCACUUUGAAAUGUGAGGAUGCAUUCCCUCCGAGGACACUCAAGGACGAUCCAACACAGGACAUUCUGGAUUCUUAUUUUGUCUGUCUUUUCACAUAACGCUAUUAAUAUAUUUAUACAUAUGUGCGUAUACUCCAAGUACAGUGUGUAUGGCUGCUACUAUUUAAAACAAAUGCGCUGUCGGCGUGUGAAUGGGAAAUGUGACAGAGGCGUUGUGUUCGUGGGUAAAAUAUAUUUUAUUUUAUGAAAGACUUCACUGAAUGCCGGCCUGCUGUGGAUAUGAACCUUGCUUUCUGGAAAAUCAGGUGACCACAAUUUUAUCCACUGAUGCAACAAAUGCUCAACUUGGCUGAAUGGGGGCAGCUGGAUUACAAAAUAAUGAUGGAAUACCUGUGGCACUUGAACUGUAUAGCAGGUUUCAGAACUUGUUGUCCUCUGUGACAUGAUGAGACGUUUUGUCUGUACUGUAGGAAGUGACAACAGUUAAUGUUAACUACAAUUAUAUAAUAUGACACAACUGCUGACACAGGUUACGUGGUGUGGUGACGAAUAAUGUGACCUUCUUCCCGAUGGAAGUUCAGUGACGAUGGCAAGAACCAAAACUAAGGUUUUCCUCAUACAUUGGAUAAAAAAAAAUUGAGCAAAUACAAGGAUCAUUUUCAUAUAAUUGGAUCAAUAAUGGUAAAGACGGCAAGCAAUUUUAGAUACAAUCUUGGUUUUAUAUGUUUAAAUAUCUCCAAUGCUAAAACAGCCACCUUUUAAGUCCAACAUAUAUAUCCAUAAAAGAGCUUCACUAAACAAUGUACUUGUUGCUCCCCAAACUUUGGGGAUAUGAGUGUAGAAAUGAUCCAAACUACUCAUUAAAUCAAUUGCACUCUUGUCUUUAUAUUGUACUAUUGUAAAAAUAGUAUAAACAUACAAUAGUUGUGAUCCAUCCAUCCAUUUUCUUAGCUGCUUAUCCUCACAAGGGUUGUGGGGAGUGCUGGAGCCUAUCCCAGCUGUCAUGCACCCUGCCUCCUUUCCGUUGACAACUGGGAUAGGCUCCAGCGCUCCCCGUGACCAUCGUGAGAAUAAGCGGCAUAGAAAAUGGAUGGAUGGACUUUUGAAUAUUUAUCACCAUUAUGACCUUUUGAUGGAUAACAACUGCCAAUUAAUCAAAUAUAUAUCAGAUUAAUUGAUUUUUGAAAAGAAAAUUCAGUGGGCCUUGUGUUGACUAUUAUUGCUCACAUUAUAUGAAAAUGAGCCCUAACAACCAAUGAUGAUAUACUGAAAGUUCAUUUGUCAGGGUAAUGGUACCGAACCACUACAUGUCUGGUCCUGCCUUCAUCAUAACUUUUUUUGGGGGGCAUGAAAAAAAUAUUUUUAUUGACAUGCACAGUUUAUUAUUUGUAUUUUUAUGUAGAUAUUGUGUUCAUUUCAGAAUAUGUUUUGAGAUCACGCUAAAGGGAUUUUAAUAUAGGUAUACAUGACAAGGGUAAUGACGAGAUGAGCUAAUAAUUGGUCAGUGUAGAAAUGCCCAACCUUGCAGUUUUUGUAUUUAAUGGCUUUGUGUGUGUUCCAAAGAAAUAGUCAUGCUUUAACAACAGACCAAUUCAUUUUUAACUGUCUGUAUGUACUUCCUAGAUAUCCCUUUUUCAAAGACUACAUUUAAUUUAUAGAAUGUGUUCAGUAUUCUAUUGUUAUAAUAUUUAUAUGAAUUGUUACAGUGAUUUUUGUUUGUCCUCCCAUUCAGUCUACCUUGAGAUUGAACAUGUUGGACUGUGGGCUGAUUUUUUGCAGCGAGAGGACUGAAAACAAAGCUUUGACAGUCCUGAUUUAAACUAACGCUGUUACUCACCAGCCAAAUGUGGGCGUAAAAGUUCCGGGGUGUCAUAUAAUGGGCAUUUGACCGAUGGAAACCCCAGUCAAAAGUAUGUGCGAAUGAUGCACCAGCACAAGUGCUUUUCAUUUUGAACUUGGGCAGUGGACAUGUGGUUUUGCACUUGCUUGCCCGCAGACAUGUCAUAAGCAGGACUGAAGGAGUCUAGUUGCUGCUGCUGCUCAGCUCGGACCUAAUUGUGUGAAAUUGUUUGUCUGUAGGUCUCACGUCUAAGCGUGGUGAACUGGUUCUUUGUCUGGCUUUUCUGACAAAAACAACUGACAUAAAAGUAGCAGAAACGAUCAGAGAGCUUUCAACUCAUUUUUAGUUCAAAUAACUAUGCUAAAAAAAAAACAAACCUUAAGGCAUUAGAUAAGAUGGCUAAAAAUACCCGAAAAUCCCAUGUAGCUACUAAAAUACAUAAUUUACACAACUAACCUUUUCUGCCAGUUGCAACACUGUUCUUUAUCAGCGAUGUGAGGAGGAAGCAAAUCCUGAUAUUACCACCCUCAAACCGAAGUCCUGAGACUGAUUACAUUUAACUGGGUCAGAGACAAUGCCUCUCAAGUCAUCAAUGGAUGAAAACAUUCUUUUUAUAUUUAAAUGAAAAAAAAAGUUGAGUUUGUACAGCCACAAAUUUUUUUGUAAGUAUAUUUUCACAUUAAUAUAUUUAUUUGUGCUGUAAAUUCUUUGACAAUAUUAAUACUCUUUUUUGGGGGGGUUCUAAUGACUAUUA